CAGUCUGUAAGGUUGUUGCAUCCUGUGUAAGUUGUGUAACUGACCACCAUUACUGGACUUUAACUUUAGGAUCACAAGGCUAUUGUAGGAACGCCUCCAACUGUUUUGGGAUUAACUCUUGAUUAAUGCACAAACAUCUUGUUACUGUCUAGCUCGAAAACUUUUCUCUGGCCUAUGGUCAGCAGUUAGUCAAUCAUUACUCACUCAGUGCACAGGGCAGGCUCUAGUUUAAUGCAGUUCUGAAAAGGUUUUGUCAGCUCUUAAAAGAGUGCUGGUAUUAAGUGGCUCUUUUCAUCUGAUUUGGAUCGUUUGAUUGGUUUAUGGCUCAGAUUCUUGCUUUCUCACGUUCUCUUCACCUGCAGCACACACUGCGGGUGAGCUUAGCAUCAUUGUGCUCUCGCAGUAUGUCAUCAUUAGACACUCGAGCCCGGGCUGUGUUUUCUGCAGCAGUUGAAGGUGUGCAGCCAGACAUAGUGGUCCGCAGGAGUCUGGAGAGACAUGGAGACAAACUACUUGUGGGUGGACAGAAUUUCACACUUACCAAUAACCUUUAUUUGGUGGGCUUUGGAAAGGCUGUGCUGGGGAUGGCAGCAGAAGCAGAGAGGAUUGUAGGAGACCAUCUAAUUAAAGGGGUGGUCAGUGUGCCUCAUGGUAUCCAGAAGACACUACGCAAUCAUGGAAAAGAGAAGAUGCUCCUUGAGAAUAACAGCAGAAUUACAGUGAUGGAAGGAGCAAAGAACAAUUUACCGGAUACAGAUGCCCAGAAGUCAGCAGAGUGUAUUCGAGAACUGGCCAGUGGUUUGACUGAGAAAGAUCUGCUGCUCGUGCUCAUCUCUGGUGGUGGUUCUGCUCUUUUACCUGCUCCAGCCCCACCCAUGACCUUGCAGGAGAAACAGGAUGUGACACGAAAACUCGCAGCAGCAGGGGCCACAAUUCAGGAGUUAAAUACAGUAAGACGAGCCCUGUCAUUGUUGAAGGGUGGAGGCCUUGCCCAAUGUGCCAACCCAGCCCAGGUAGUGGCAUUGAUUCUGUCAGAUGUUAUUGGAGAUCCUCUAGAUUUAAUAGCCAGCGGUCCAACUGUCAGGAGCGACUCCAAGCCAGAAGAGGUCUGGGAUAUCUUGGAUCGUUAUAAGCUCUCUGGCUCUCUUCCUUCCUCUGUUAAAGAGGUGCUUAGACCCCAUUAUGGGUCACAGGUGAAAGAACAGCCAGAAGUAGUCAAAGACCAUGUUUUAAAUGUUGUAAUUGGCUCAAACACUAUUGCUCUUGAAUGUGCAAGCCGUAAGGCUGUUGAAUUAGGACUUCGGCCCAUCAUUCUGUCUCCAGGAGUAUGUGGUGACGUUCGCUCUGUUUCACGGCUAUAUGGGGUACUCUCGCGAUUUGCAUGCUCCCCAGAAAAGGAACCUCCUCCAGAACUUGCUGCAGAGAUCCUUCAGCUUGGACCAGAGGUUGGGGUAGAAAGCUGGGACUUGUGUCGAACCAUGAAUGUGCUCGUAGAGGAGAAGAAGGAAGGCUGGGGUGCGACCUGUCUUCUGGCUGGAGGGGAACCCACUGUGCAUCUGACAGGAAAUGGCAGGGGAGGGAGGAACCAGGAGUUGGCUCUGCGGGUGGGCCUUGAGCUGAGUAGCGAUGAAGUAAAGUGUGGUGCAGUGUUCCUCAGUGGGGGAACCGAUGGACAGGAUGGCCCCACUGAGGCAGCUGGUGCCGUCGUGGACAGGGAACUGAUGGAAGAGGCCACGUCUCAAGGUCUGGACAUCGAUGGCUUUCUCACCAAUAAUGAUUCGUUCACUUUUUUCUCACAGCUCUCUGAAGGACGACGGUUACUCAUGCCUGGACUGACAGGAACCAAUGUGAUGGAUGUGCAUGUUAUGCUGCUGCCACCAUCAGCCCCAAGAGACUUCCAAUAAUUUGACUCCAGAUUGUUUUGUAUUUGGAAGAAACUAAAUUAUGGAGGUAUAAAUGUUUUUUCUUUCUAAUCUAAUUCACAGAUUUUUUUCAUUAUAUCACUUAAUUUAGCCAGUAAUGUUUUUUUCUUCUUGUUAUGGAUGACUCUUGCUUGGUCCUGAACCAAUGUAUGGUACUUUUUCAAUGUGUAUUGUUGUCCACUGACUGAAAUACAAUUUACUUAUGAAAUAAAUAACAGAAAACUAAUACACAA